CACUUCACCUAGUCUCUUACUCCCUUUCUCUCAUACACACACCUGUGUCCUCUUUCUCUGCCUCUCUCUCCCUCUCUCUCUUUCUUUCUCCCUCUCUCACAAAACACACACCCACACUUUCUUACUCACUCACUCUUCAUCUCUUUCGGUCACACACACACCUCACUUCGCACACACACCCUCACAUACACACACACUUAACACACUUGCAAAACCGCACACCUCACACACUUAACACACAGACUUGACACUUCACGGUGUAAGGAUGUCAAACGUGGCCCACCACCUGGCGCGCAGGAGGGAUCGCGAGGAGGACGGGGUGGGCUCUAACGCCCGGGCGGUGCCCUUUAACGGGCAGGACUUUAGGAGCCUGAAGCAGGAGAGUCUGGGGGUCGGGAGACUCUUCUGCGACCCAAGUUUCCCAGCCGAGCCCAAGUCUCUGGGAUGGGACCAGCUGGGACGGUACUCGUCCAAAACCAGAAGCGUGGAGUGGAAACGACCCACGGAGAUCUGUUCGAACCCCCAGUUCAUAGUGGAAGGGGCCACGAGGACCGACAUCUGCCAAGGAGCCCUGGGUGACUGCUGGUUGCUUGCGGCGAUAGCCUCGCUAACACUACACAAGGAGAUCUUGGCCCGUGUGGUUCCCCUCGGCCAGAGUUUCCAGGACGACUACGCUGGCAUCUUUCACUUCCAGUUCUGGCAGUAUGGGGAGUGGGUGGAUGUUGUCAUUGACGACCGGUUGCCGACGAGGGAUGGCGAGCUCCUAUUCGUCCACUCGGCAGAGGGCUCUGAGUUCUGGAGCGCCCUAUUGGAGAAGGCCUACGCCAAAGUAAAUGGCUGUUACGAGGCCCUAACAGGUGGCAGCACCAUCGAGGGUUUUGAGGACUUCACUGGCGGCAUAGCGGAGGCCUACGACCUGGCCAAGCCUCCCCCGUACCUCUACAAGAUCAUGCAGAAAGCCCUGAAACGCGGCUCACUCCUGGGAUGCUCCAUAGACAUCACCAGUGUGUACGACACGGAAGCAAAGACCCGGAUGAACCUGGUGAAGGGACACGCUUACUCUGUUACUGCAGCUGAAGAGGUGCACCUGUACGGCAGCCCAGUGCAGCUGGUGAGGAUCAGGAACCCCUGGGGACAGGUGGAGUGGAACGGGGCCUGGAGCGACGACUCGAGGGAGUGGGACAGCGUGCGGGCGGAGGAGAAGAGCAAACUGGAGCACUCAGCUGAAGACGGAGAGUUCUGGAUGUCCUACUCUGACUUCACCCAGCAGUUUACUCGGCUUGAGAUCUGCAACUUGACCCCGGACGCCCUGACUAGUGACGGGGUGGCCCGCUGGAGUCAUUACCAGUACGAGGGGAACUGGAGAGUGGGGUCCACAGCAGGAGGCUGCAGGAACAAUCCAGCCACCUUCUGCUCCAAUCCCCAGUUCUGCCUGCGUCUGUGUGAGGAGGAUGACGACCCUCAUGACGGUGAGGAUGGCUGCAGUUUCCUGGUGGGGCUGAUGCAGAAGGACACGCGGAGAGAGAAGAUGUUCGGACGAGACCUCAACACCAUCGGAUACGCCAUCUACCAGGUUCCUGAUGAGUACAAGGGCCGCUCCAACGUGCACCUGGGGCCGGAGGUGUUGCUGAGGCAGCGCUCGGUGGCGAUGAGCCGCACCUUCUCCAACGUGCGGGAGAUGUCCGACCGCUUCAAGCUGCCGCCGGGCGAGUACGUCAUCAUACCGUCCACCUUCGAGCCGCACCGCAAGGGCAGCUUCGUACUGCGCAUCUUCUCGGAGAAACACGCACCCACAGCACCGAUGGAGGAGGAUAUUGAUGCUAAAGUAGAUGAACCUGAAGUCUCUCCAGUGGAUGUGGAUCCACACUUCAAACAGCUCUUCCUCAAAAUCUCCGGAAAUGAUUCCGAGAUCUCUGCAUUUGAACUUCAGCAGAUCCUCAACAGAGUCAUUUCUCAACGUACUGAUGUGAAGACUGAGGGUUUCUGUAUGGAGACAUGUCGCCACAUCAUCAGCCUACUGGAUAAAGACGGCACCACCAAACUGGGCCUGGUGGAGUUCCACACACUCUGGCUGAAGAUACAGAAGUACCUGGAGAUAUUCCAGAAUCACGACUCUGAUAAGUCUGGAACCAUCAGCAGCCACGAGCUACGAGGAGCACUGACUGAAGCAGGGUUCCAGAUGAACAGUGAGGUGUUGCAUGUGAUGGUUCAGCAUUACGCCGACGCUCAGUUCGCCAUCGACUUCGACUGCUUCGUAGGCUGUCUCAUACGCCUGGAAAUGUUAUUUAAAAUGUUCAAAACUCUUGACAAAAAGAACACUGGGAAGAUCGAACUGGACCUGUUCCAGUGGAUCUGCUUGGCUAUGCAUUAGUCUCCUGUUGGAGGUGCCGUCAGAGCCCUGUGGAUGGAUGGAGGCCGGUCUCAGCACCACCGUCUUGUGGCUGCCCGUCAUGCCUGCACUACUACACUCUACCAGACGGGGGAGAAGGAGAAUUUUGAAUCACCUUCUCUCGGUCCCCUGAAAUGCAAUUUAACUUCAUUGUUUUACAGUGAUCUCUACAAUUCCUUUACAAAAUAUGUCAUAUUUUGAAUCACACGCUGCCACAUGCUGUUUGAGCUUUAUUAAAAAAGGAAUUAAAAAAGAUUAUACAUUGACAAAAAUGAAUACAUGAAAAGCCAGCUUCCUAUUAGAACUGUUGUGUAAUGUUCUCUUGUGUGUGUGUGUGUGUAUGGCCUACCAGCAUAGGUUUGUUCUUUAUUGAUUUGAACGAAUAACAUACUAUUAGGCCUACUAAUGUAUGUUUCAGACACAUAUCCAAAUGAUAACAGUUUAAAUAACAUGACAUGGCACUGUAUGAAUGCUACCAAAUAAAAGUGAUGAAAUAUUCUUACUCUGCGAAGAAAGGCCUUAAUUCUUCACUUCCUAGACUUUGCGCAAAAUGAUGUCACUGUAGCUUUAAAUGGAUUGCGCAGGGCAUCAUGGGCUAGUAGUUCGCCUCAGGCACACUCGGCUGCAUUGUGAACGGUACAUACUGUUUUACAAAAUAUUUACAAUUUGCCGUGAAUAAUAAACGAAUGACAUUCAAUAU